GCGGCUUCGCCAUUCCGGGGCGGCCUGAGGGAGCGGCGGCGGCACUGACAGCACCCGCAGCAGCGAUGGACCCGUUCACUGAGAAACUCCUUGAAAGAACCCGGGCCAGGCGAGAGAACCUGCAGAAGAAAAUGGCUGAGCGGCCCAAGAUGGGAGCGAGACCCACAAUGCAGACCAAGAGGGUCAGGGAGCCUUUGUUAGAAACUGGUAACCAGGCACCUCUUCCUGGUGAAGAAGAGAAACCUGGUACAAAGCCAUCACCAUCAAAGAGGCUCUGCCCUAACAAUAUGGAGACUCAAAAUUCUAGUUUGGAGAAUGUACAGCCAGUUCCUUCAAGUUCCACAAGCCAUCGUUCUCCUGAGAUGACUUCAGAGUUGCAUGUAACUACUUCUACGAGGGCUUCAUUGGUUCAGCCUCUUGAGAAAGGAAAAACAAACACCGAGUCAGAAACUCCUGCAGCCCUUUCAGUCAAAACACGUAUGCAGAAACUGGCCGAACAGCGCCGCUGCUGGGAGAGCGAGGAUCCCUCUGAAUAUGUUCCUCUGCCUCCUGCCCAGUUAAAAGAUCUGUCUGUUUCCCCACCUAAGCAAACAUCUAAUGCCCUGGCAAGUGAUACCCCUAUUGGGAGAAGAGGCCGUUUAGCUAACCUUGCUGCUACAAUUGGUUCCUGGGAAGAUGACCUAAGUCAUCCAUCUGCAAGGCAAAACAAUGCACAAGAACAGCCUGGCACUACUUGUUUAUCCAAAUUGUCCACUACAAGUGGAGCAUCUGCUAGAAUCAAUAGUAGCAGUGUAAAGCAGGAAGCUGCAUCCUGUUCUCAAAGGCUUGUUGAGGCUUCUAUUAAUAAACCAGCAAACUCAAAGAUAGCGGAUCCAAACAAUUUAACACAAUCCUCAAGAGUCACUGUUCCCUGUUCUAAAGAACCUGAAGUACAACCACAGCUAACAGAGAAUCCCUGCAGCCCUCAGAAAACUGAAAAGCGUGCACAAACAGCAAAAUCAACUUUUCCCCAACCAGUUCAGUCCAAAGAAGAGCCAGUCAAAGGAACACAUGUGCAACUUGAACCGAAGGGUAAACCCACAACACCAGGGGGAUCGGGAAUUAAGCCCUUCCUGGAACGCUUUGGGGAGCGCUGUCAGGAGCGUAGUGCACGGAGUCCUGCUACAAAUACUCCAGGGUGCAGAACACCCAUUGUUACCCCAAAUACAAGGACAAUUCAGGAAAGGCUUCUCAAACAAAAUGAAAAUUCCUCUACUGCCAGUUUAGCACUUCAGCUUAAGCAGGAGCGUGAACGAGAACUUGCAUGCCUUCGUGGCCGAUUUGAUAGGGGCAAUCUGUGGAGUGCGGAGAAAAGUGAAAGUUCAAAGAGAAAACUUCCAGAAGCUAAAAUGGAAAGCAAAUCUCGGGCUAGUCCAAACCAUCCUUCUAGUUCAGAUGCCACUGCUUUUGGAUCAGCAGAAGACACAACAGCAAGUGACAGGCCAGCAAAGUCUCCCAGCGUGGAGUCUUCAGAGGCUUCUAAAUGUGAAGAGACUGAUAAACCCAGUCCUCUGAAGAUCACUGAGUUGAAGAGCCCUCUAAAAGCGAUGUCUGUCUCAAAACUUGAACAGCUUGCUGAGAAACCAAAAGAGGAAGUAUAUGAAAUCAAAAUGAGUGUGGAUGAUGAGAUGAAUAGCUCAAAAGUGAUAAAUGAAAUUUUUGAAGUUCUUCAAGAGGAUGGUCCAGACAUAGAAAAGCUGAAGAAAGAAAUGAGCAUAAGCCUGGAAGGUGAAAGUGAUGAGGACGAGCAGGAAGAUUCACUGAAUAUUUCAUCAAUGUCUCUGUUAACUCCUCUAGUGGAAUCUGUUGGUCCAGAGGCCUUUGUUUCUCCUUGUAAGUCAACUGGUGAAGGUAGCAGCAUCAGUGAUGUAAGUCUGAAGUCUGAAAAGUUCCAAAGGACUAAAGUCCCCAGGGCAGAAUCUGUAGACAGUAUUGGCUCUAUGUCAGAAGAUCGCAACCUUCCCUAUAGCAUUGAUGCAUAUAGAUCUCAAAGAUUUAAAGAAACCGAUCGUCCUUCAAUAAAGCAAGUCAUUGUUCGUAAAGAAGAUGUUGCUUCCAAACUGGAAAUGAAAAAGAAUGGCCUAUCUGAUCAAGUCAAUAUCAAAAAGAAAAUGCAGGAGCUGAAUAAUGAGAUCAACAUGCAGCAGACAGUGAUUUAUCAGGCCAGUCAAGCUCUGAACUGCUGUUUUGAUGAGGAACAUGGGAAAGGGUCACAAGAAGAAGCAGAAGCUGAGAGACUACUUCUCCUUGCAACUGAGAAGAGAACUGCUUUAUUGGAAGAACUGAAUAAACUGAAGAGUGAGGGACCUCAUAGUAAAAGAAACAAAGCUGCUUCUACACCCACUGAAUUUGCUCCAUCCAGGGGAUCUGUUUCCAUUUCAGAAAUGCGUCUACCUCUAAAAGCAGACUUCGUAUGUGGUACAGUUCAAAGACCAGACGCAGCAAACUACUACUAUGUAAUAAUACUGCGAUCUGGAGCAGAAAACAUGGUUGCAACCCCAUUAGCAAGUACUGCCAGCUCCCUGAAUGGAGAUGCUCUUACUUUUACUACGACAUUUACUAUGCAUGAUGUGUCAAAUGAGUUUGAAAUAAAUCUAGAAGUUUACAGCUUGGUGCAGAGAAAAGAAGUUACAAGCUCUGAUAAAAGGAAAAAGGCAAAUAAAUCUAAGGUUAUUACUCCAAAGAGAUUAUUAACAUCUAUUACCUCUAAAAGCACCCUUCUUACUCCAGCCAUGGCCAGUCCAGGUGGUCCUAAUGCUGUACGCACUACUAAUUUCAUCCUUGUUGGAUCCCACAAGUUAUCGCUGUCUUCUGUAGGGAAUGCCAAAUUUGCAUUGGACAAGAUAAAUUUUGAAGGGGAGGAAAAAGAACUGUUGAGCUAUAUGUUCCAGGACAAGGUUCCUGUUUUGUCUCCUUUGGAAGGUCAUAUAUAUCUGAAGUUAAAAUGCCAAGUGGAUUCGUCUGUGGAGGAGAAAGGGUUCUUGACUAUGUUUGAAGAUGUUAGUGGAUUUGGAGCAUGGCAUAGGCGCUGGUGUGUGCUGUCUGGAAACUGUGUAUCUUACUGGACAUACCCUGAUGAUGAAAAACGAAAGCAUCCUUUGGGCCGGAUUAACUUGGCUAACUGCACUAAUCAUCAGAUUGAACCUGCCAACAGGGAGUUCUGUGCCCGUCCCAACACUUUUGAACUAAUAACUGUCCGGCCACAGAGGGAAGAUGACAGAGAGACUCUCGUCAGCCAAUGCAGAGACACGCUCUGUGUUACAAAGAACUGGCUGUCUGCUGAUACUAAAGAAGAGCGUAACCUUUGGAUGCAAAAGCUCAACCAAGUCCUUGUUGAUCUUCGCAUGUGGCAGCCUGAUGCCUGCUACAAACCCGUUGGAAAGCUUUAAAUUCUGGAAGGGAAAUAUGAAGAAAAUACAUAUGCAAAAACUCGUAUGAACUACACAAAAAAUAACUUAAGUGAAGGUGUGGGAAGUCCUCUGGGUCACUUAUGCUUUAAAUCUGAGAGUAUUUAACAUUUUACAGGACUAUGUUAUGCAGUAUUUCUAUUUCACUUUAAGAAUUUUAAAACUUUUUUACUUCCUAGCUUUUGAGCAUGGUAGGAAGCAAUUAGCCGUUUCUAAAUGUGCUAAAUAUUUAUGUAACUCCUUUUUUGGAAGUCUUUUUUAGCUAAGUACAUUCUCUUCUCUUUAAACAACUAAAUUAUUGCAGGAAAUCACACUUCAGGGCAGGAAGAAGGGGGCAAGCUAGUGAGAAAACAAGCUUACUAGAUAACUCAGCUCCCUGAAAGAAAGAAUAGUUCAGAGUUCUUGAACAAGGAUGGUGCUGAAACAAAAGAUUUAAUAUUGGAGGGUUUGUCAGGUUUUUUGUAAUGAUAGAAGAUACUAGUAAAUUUUAUUCUGCAACAUUCAGUGUAGGCAUUUCUUGCUUAUGCAGUGUCCUUGUGGUCAGAACAAAAGACGUGCACAAUAUAUUCAUACAACUUUUGCAAUUUCUCAUACAAAUCGGUGUGGAUAAAUUCAUGGCAUGUAUACUAUGUGGUUUACAGGUGUGGAAUUAUGUAUGCAGUAUAUUGCACUUUGAUAGAAAUGAAAAGUCUUGAAUAUUUUUAUUAGGAUUGCUAUAUAAAAUAAAAAUCCAACAAACAGGAAAAAAAAUAGUUUUAGGAAUGUAUAUGUCAGUAGUUCCUGGGACUCAUGGUUUGUACAAGCUAGAAUUCUCCAUUUGAGAACCAGGAAUAGGUUGUAAAAGCGCUUUUUUUUUUUUUUUAUAAGACACUAUAAAGCUGCUAUGUGCCAACUAAUACUCCACUGGCCGAAAGUAUGGGUCUUCCUCCCCCUCCUAGACAUAUCCAUAAAUGCAGAUGAAGAGAGUACUUCAGACCCAUCUUUAAAAUUGCAAAGCUUGUCAGUUAAAACUUGCAAUUUUCACAGCUUUCCACUGGCCUUAGUGAAAUACUAUCUCAUUACUUCACUAUUGCGAAUGCAACAGUGGAAUACAUAAAAUUGCUAUUGCUGUUAUAUAUUCACACUUGAAACACUAAAUUCUGUUAGCUUAUACUGUUUCCAUCCUGCCACUUUUGUACUUGCUUUUAAAUCUAGUUUUCUUUUUCUGAUGUCUUAAAAUUUCCAAGCUAUGUAUUGAGAUUUAUUUUAUUCAUUUAAAAUAAAGAACAAAACACUUUAUGAAAAAAGCAGAAUGUCGUCUAUGCAUUUGAGGUACUAAUUUGUAGGCUGAAGAGGAAAAGCUGGACUCCACACAGGGUUGAAGAAAGGAUUCUGUUCAGUACAUGUGUCCCGAAACACCCCUUGAUGUGGUGCCGCAGGGGCAGCCAGCACCAGAUUGUGUGGUGGGAGGCCGGAUUGUCCAGGGGGCAGUCACCCUGACCUGCUGGGAACGUUUCUGAAUGCAGAAGCUGCGGGAGACCAGCAGCUCGGCAAGGACAGGGAGGAGAGCUGGUUCUUGUCUCUUGUGAUAGAGACGUGGCAGACGAAUAGCGAGGCAGCACGGGCAGUAGUGGGAGAGCAAAUUUUAUCUGUGCAUACAUGGUAGGCUGUUUACGUAAACUUCCAAGUGGAUGUUAAUGAAAAUCAUCAAAUACAAAAUUAUGAAACGAGUCCAUAGGAAGGUGUUAAAAAUGGAAGUGGAUGUAUAAAAGGGAACGACAUUUUUAUUUAGGCUAAUUGAGCUAUUAUCCAGCGCAGAAACUAAUCUGUGCGUGUCCAUUGCCCAAGAUGAAAGACUAUCCUCAUCAAGAAAAGGUAUGGGGUGCGAGAGGUGCUGCAGGUUAGAAAAGCUGACCUGGCUGGAGAGUUGUAGGCAGAGGCCGGUGUUGGCGGGGGCGCGCACCGCUGCAGCCAGCAGAAGCGUGUGGCACUGGCGCAGCAGCACACACCGCUGUGCUCCUGCCCUCCACCUUCCCCACCUCCUCUAAGGCCGAGCUGUGCAGAAGGCUUCAAGAAUGUUGGCAAAUGUAUUUUUCCAUGUUCGCAGCAGCAACUCUUCGAAGAGGCCGGACUGAGUGAAUUCAAAUAUCUACAAGGAGCUAUAGAUGUUCUAUACAGGAGGAUUUCAAACAGAGCUUUAAGUUUUAUAAAAAAAACGGUUUAUGAACAGAAUAACAUAAUUUGCAGUGUGUUGGAACUAGCCAGUGGCAUAAUGCUUCCUCUUCACAUGCUCUAACUCUCCCUCAAACAAGACUGUGAUUGACCAUUCCUAGAAAUCUGUACUUCUCUAAAGUUUGAAUUUCAUGAAGCUAUACUUACCUUUCCAAAAGAAACUUCUUUUUCCUGUUUCUUUCUUCCAUGCAUUUGUCACCUUCAACCAACCUAAGCACCAGGAGACAGUUAAGCUAAUAGAAUAGACUAGGAUUCAUAGUUCGUUACUGCUUUAGAAUAAGUAAGCUUUUUCAGAAGCAUUUCUUUAAAUAUAGAACAUUUAUUUUUAGAGUGGUAGUGCUAAGUGAUUGAUGGUUGGGGGUGCAGAUCUUCAGCUGGUUUUUGCAGUCUUUGAAAUAAUGGAGAGACAUAGCAGUUGUAAAAGCUGACAGCUUAAUAGGCCUAAAUAUCAUCUUUAUUUGCAAAUGGUUACUGCUUUAGUUACAAAUCAAGUUUCUGCAUAGGGCCUGAUUCUGAACUGCGGGGCUCGCCUCCGAGGCAGGAGCACGGAGGGCUUGGUCAGAACUUCAGCCAGGGGCAAGCCCGCUUCAUGAAGUUCCUCAGAGACCCCAGAUCAAGCACGGAGCAAUUAUACUGGGCAAAUCGGAACGCUUUGCUUUGGCCCUGGGGGUUUCAGGUCAUCUUUGAGAAGAUGCUGUUCUAAUUUUAUAAGAAGGCCUUUUUUUUUUUUUUUUUUCCAUUGUUCAGAAAUUCAAGAUGUUCACUAAUAAGAAAGUCUAUAAAUGGAAAACGCUUUGCUCUGGGCAGUGAAGCUUAUUUUAGCUGAGGAAAUUUCAAUUUUACUAGCUUGUAAAACUCCUAAUUGGCAUUAUUAAAUCCCAACCACAAAUUAAAUACAAUAAUUUGCAAUGAGAUUGCCUCAAAAUUUGGCUUCUAAACUCAUACUGUUCCCUUCCCCCUUCUAAUUGCUAUGUUUCCAUAUUUUGGUGUAAAGGAAAUUAUCUGAUAUUCUGUAAUUAUUGUCUGUGCUGUACUUGGUCUAUAAUAAAACCACGUGGAUGCA